AUGUAUUCAACUAAACGGCUUGCCUCUAGUCUCCUAUUGGCAUUCAUACUCUCUGCUGGCCCGGCAGCCGGUCUCCCUCGCGGCGAGGAGAGCAAGAGUAUAGCCCAACAGAAGAGCAACAGCAGCCAGAGCCCAGCCAAUGCACUAUACUUCCUGACCAACGAAGCCCAGAACGCCGUGGCAGCCCUGAAGAUCAACUCCGAUGGGACGCUCUCAGCAGGAAGCUGUACAGAUACAGGUGGUGCGGGUAGCAAUGGCAUCGACGGCUCAACGGGCCAGCCUGCUGUGCCAGAUGCCCUUUUCAGCCAGUCCGCGCUGACAGUAGCGGGAAAUCACCUCUUCGCCGUGAAUGCCGGGUCCAACACGGUCAGCAUGUUUGCCAUCUCGCGCUCCGACCCGACGUCCCUGAAACCCAUGGGCCGGCCGGCCGCCCUGCCCGGCGACUUCCCCGUCACGGUGGCGGCGUCCGCCAAACACGGUAUGGUCUGCGCCGGGACCACGGGGGCGCUCGCCGGCGUGUCGUGCGCGCGGUUCUCGGCCAAGGGCGGCAUCGGGGAGUUCGACGCGCUCCGGGGCUUUGACCUGGGCCAGAGCAACCCGCCCGUGGGUCCGACCAACACUGUCUCCCAAGUAUUCUUCAACGACGUGCAGGACACCCUCUUUGCGACGGUCAAGGGCGACCCAGCCAAGAACAACACCGGCUUUCUGGCGAGCUUUCCGGUCCUGCGGCAGAACGGCGGUACUUGCGGCGUCUCGGUCUCCGCCCAAGGGUCGAUGGCCAGCCCGUCCGGGACGGCGGUCCUAUUUGGCGCGAGACCCCUGCCCGACACUGGCGACGGCAGCGCUGGAAACAGCAGCCGCAUCUUUGCAACGGAUGCGUCGUUCGGCGCGGCUGUCCUGGGAGCUGGUUCACAGGGGCAAGCCACUGUGCUGGGCAAGGGAACCCUAGCGGACCAGAAAGCCACUUGCUGGGCGACUCUGAACGACGUUACAGGGACGGCGUUCGUGACCGACGUGGGCAUCAACCGUCUAGUAGAGAUGAGUGUAGAGAACGCCAGCGUCCUCGGGGAAGUUGAUCUCUCCGCCACUGGUGACCCAGGGCUGAUUGAUCUGACGUCGUCGGGUAGUUUUGUGUAUGCCCUUUCGCCCGGCAACGGGACGACUAGUGCUGCUAUUUCGGUUGUGGAUGUCAAAGGCGGUGCAGAGGAAGCGAAACUUGUUCAGCAUUUUCAACUGACAGGCGUUGCGGGCAAGAAUUCCCAGGGCAUAGCCGUAUUCCAUAGUUGA